GCUAUAACAACCAAUGGAUGAUAGUAGACUUCAAUUUGUUCACACCAGGAAGGCCUCUACCAGAGAAAGGACUGCUUUACGUGCUGGAACAGCUUCCAGGAAUGAUUGUGUCUAAAGACAUGACUUCGAUUCUAGCUAAGCAGACGUACUGGCCUAGCUACAACUCUCCGUACUUCCCACAGAUAUUCAAAGCAAGUGGGUUACCAGAGAUGGUAGAGAAGUAUGGUGACUGGUUUACAUACGAUCGCACUCCGAGGGCUCUCAUAUUUAAGCGGGAUCAUGCGAAAGUAGUGGACACAUCUUCCAUGAUUAAGCUCAUGAGAUAUAAUGACUUCAAGAACGACCCAUUGUCAAGGUGCAACUGCACUCCACCAUACAGUGCUGAGAAUGCCAUUGCGGCUCGCUGUGACCUGAAUCCAGCGAAUGGUACAUACCCAUUUGCCUCGCUAGGCCACCGGUCUCACGGAGCCAUCGACAUGAAGCUUACGAACUUUGACAUGGCCAAACGGUUUGAGUUCAUCGCCAUCGCGGGGCCAACGCACGACCCUCUUCCACCCUUCCAGUGGAGCACAGCCAGCUUUCCAGGAGAGACACCGCAUGUUGGGCACCCUGACCUGUGGAACUUCGACCCGAUACACGUUACAUGGACUCAACUAGACUAGCUGCCAUGUUUUGCUAUGGGUUUUUGAGAAUAUGAAUAUUGAAUAUGAAUUGAAAGUACGCAAGAACAGCUGGAGUAAAUUUUUCGAGGAAAUGGAACUAAGCGUACGUCGGUUUUCUAAUUGUGUUAACUCAGUUAAAAUCUAAUACGAACUGUACUUGCAUAAUGGCAUCCAAUAAAUUGGUUAACCCCUUA